AUGUACGCUUUACCGGACGAAAUUAGUCCGGCGCGGCUGUGGUCUACCCAACUGGAGAAUACGCAUAUCGACCGGGAGGUGGAUGUCGAGAGCAUGGAUGUGCUCAAUAUGAAGCUGAAGAAGCCGCCCUCGAAGGCAAAGGUCCAGCACGACUUAAUGUCAGCGGAGCAAUCUUUGAACAGCGGGCUUGGCGUUACCUCUUGGCUAAUUGCUGGAAUCAAACUCCAAGACGCACAGGACAGUCUAAGGGCUUUCAUUUCUGGUUUGCCAAGGGAGGGUUUGAGAACGGACCAGCAACGCCUCGAGGUCACAAAGCGCCGAGAGAAUCUCCAAGCCGCGAUCAACGCAUUCUACGAGGACGCUGGCGUUCUUUUCCCCAACGUCAACCUGUACGAACAACGGUGCGAGAGCGCACCGGAAGCCUCAGUCGAAAUUGACGGGGACGAUGAUGGGAAUCGUGACGACAAUCCAAGGAACCCGUUUUCUGUGUCUCAGAACGAACCCGAAGAUGUCGAAAUCCCUCUCCCAUCAUCAUUUGUCGAUCUUCCGGCUGGCCUUGGCAGUGCAGCUGAAAAGGAACUGAAGAUUCGCAUUGCCCAGGCGGACGAUGCACUGGAAUCAGUAAGAAUUGAAAUUGGCCACAAGUCUUACCUGUACCGUUCCAACAUACGCUUGGCGCAUGGAAAACAGCAGCGGCUGCGAGGAUACGCCGCGGUGAAAGCAGUCGACAAGAACAUGCGCCUCCACAUCAAGUCUUACAACCGCGCAAGGUGGGCCCUUGGAAGACUCGGCGCUGAACGCGAAGUCCUUCAACGGUACCGGGAGGUCCGAAAGGAGGAUACACGAGCCAUAACAGCGGUUUAUGAGCCUAACGCUAGGAAUCAAAGGAACGUUGCUCUGUCAUGGAUUUGGACUAUGGACGUUGAAGGAGACUCACAAAAUUCCGAGUAUCUGGAAGAAUUGUACCGGGUCAAUUGGCUGCGUGCCAGGUCCCGCGCAGACCGUUGGAAGGAGGAGCACAUUUUACUCACUUCUGAGAUGGAGUGGGUUCCGAACUUUUUCUCUUUUAAAGAGGAUGAAUGCAAAGCCUGGGCAACUCUGACUCGAGAUCUACCAGGGCACCGAGCAUACGCCAUCCGCCAAGCCAAUAUGUGGAGGCUCAUGGGCGUACACGCGGAGAAAGCGUUCGCCGAGGCGAAGGCGAAAGCAAAUACGAAUAGGUGCUUAAUCGACUACGCCUCCUCCCGAAUCCGUGCAGCGGGGAUGGUGUGGAACCGUCACGGCGACUCGUUCUCCCCGACUGAACGCAAGCACUUUGCAGCUCAGUUAUAUCGUGACCUGGAAACUGGCAUGUUGCUCUAUUCGAGUGGUUGUUUCCGUUAUCCAGGGAUCAUCCAACGUCCUGUAGCGUUGGGAAUGAUGUUUAAAUCGACGCUCACCGGGAUGCUCCACCUGGGACGACACGCCUCCACCGCAGACUAUGAAACCCCCAACCCCAUACCCGACCCCGUCCUUCCCGCGUACGCAGAUGCCUGGUGGAACAAAAAUACGACGCCUGGACUUUCACUCUUGGGCCUGAUCAAGGCUUGGCAGGCCCAGCGGGACGACUUUGAGGCUGUUAGGAGAGAGAGCAGGGCCUUGGCUUCCUCGGAAACUGUUCUUUCCAGGUCGUUGGACGAGAGUCUGGAAAGAGCGUCUGCUUCGACUCAGAAGGCAAUCGACCUCAUAGAAAGGGACAUGGCAUUGGCGCUCAAAGGUGUGCGCGCCAUCGAGGCCGCUAUCACAGAGACCGAGAAGGUGUGCCAAGAGGUUCUCGGCACUUGUUGA